AUGGCCUGCUGUCACAACGUUAUGCUGCUGCUGGACACCGCGGGCGGUGCCACUGGCCGGAGUCCGGUCCGGCGGGCCGCCCUGCGCCUCCUCACCUACCUGAGUUGCCGAUUCGGCCUGGCCAGGGUCCGCUGGGCCUUCAAGUUCUUUGACUCCGAGGGGGCGCGGAGCCGGCCGUCCCGGGCGUCUGACUUCCGCGAACUGGGGGCCCGCUCCUGGGAGGACUUCGAGGAGGAGCUGGACGCCAGGCUCGGGGACGUCGCCCACGGCGCCCACCUGCCGGGCCCGGCGCCCAGGGCCAGCCACACGCACAGCGCCCUGAUGGAGACGCUGCUGGACUACCAGUGGGACCGGCCCGAGAUCACGUCGCCCACGAAGCCGAUCCUGCGCAGCAGCGGGAGGAGACUGCUGGACGUGGAGGGCGAGGCCAAGGAGGCCGGCACCGCGCUCGGGGGCUUCGCGAACGCGGUCUUCCUGCUGGCCCCCUGUCCGCAUUCGCAGAGGGAGCUGCUGCAGUUCGUGUCCGGCAGCGAGGCCCAGGCUCAGCGCCUGCCGCCUCCCCCUAAGCAGGUGAUGGAGAAGCUGCUGCCCAAGAGAGUCCAGGAAGUUAUGAUCGCCCGAAAAAUCACCUUGUACUGGCUGGACACCACCGAGUGGCCGAAGUUGUGGGAAUCCCCGGACCACCUUGGGUACUGGACAGUGUGCGAACUGCUCCACCUUGUAGGAGGCACUAUCUUACCGUCCGAAACUUUCAGCCAGGAUUGUACUAAAGCUGGGAAAAUCCUGCUUGGUAGUGAAAAAAAGCUGGCAAGUGAAUCUCCCCUCUCUUCAUGGAUUUCAACUCUGCCACCUGAUGCCACUUUGAACUGUUUGCUCUAUAAUUCUGCCUAUGAAGCCUCAUUUCCACGGAUGGAAGGAACGUUAUUUCUCCCUGUUGAAGGCAAAGAGACUCAAGAAACAUGGACGGUCACCCUAGAGCCCUUGGCCAUGCAUCAGAGACAUUUUCAAAAACCAGUCAGAAUUUUUCUAAAAGGCACGGCAAGCCAGUGGUCUCUCCCAGCAAGUAGCACGUUGGGCACGGAGAGCUGGAUGUUACAAAGUCCAGAGGAGAACAAGUCAACGCAGAGGAUGUUAUUUCAGCAGCUGGUAAGCAGGCUGACUGCUGAAGAGUUACACCUGGUUGCCAGUGUGGACCCUGGUGAAGGCUGGCCCCCCAUCACGGGAGUUAUUUCCCCCCUCUCUACCAAUGCUGCAAUCCUCACCGUGUUCCGCACUGAGGAGGCUGAAUUUCAAAGACCUUUUCUCCAAACAGCUGUGGCCGAGAGCCCCCAGGAUACAGCUUCCCUUUUUUCUGAUGUUGUAGAUAUUGUACUGAAUCAGAUUCACAGUUCACUCGAAGAUCCUGCUACCUGUGCUGCUGCUGUUCCAGAGUGGGCCCAGCAGGAGCUCGGCCGCACCGGCCCCUGGAGUGCAGCUGUUGUGGAGAAGUGGUUUCCUUGCUCUAACCUUAGUGGUGCCAGUUCCAGUUUGAUGGAGUCAUUUUGGUUACUGCAGGCUGCCUCAUCUAAUAAGGAAGAGUCUUCCAAAACUGAAAGUGAAUUAAUAUGUUGCCUGUCCGAGCUCUACCAGAGAAAGUCUCGGGAAGAAUCCAUUGUGUCCAAUCAGGAAGACAGCAAAAAGAAACGAGGGGUCCCUCGGACUCCCGUGCGGCAGAAGAUGAACACCAUGUGCCGCUCCCUGAAGAUGUUGAACGUGGCGAGGCUGAACGUGAAGGCGCAGAAGCUGUGUCCAGACGGCAGUCCAGAGGCGGCCGGGGAGAAGGGGGUCCAAAGGCCAGCCAGUGGGAGGACAGCAGAUAAAGGGGAAAACCGAGGAAGGACACUAAGAAGCUCUAAACCUAAAGAUUUUAAAACCGAAGAGGAGCUCUUAUCUUACAUACAUGAAAAUUACCAAAAGACUGUGGCCACAGGAGAAAUCACGUUGCAUUCAUGUGCUCAGAAUAUGAUAUCAACCAUUAAAGCAUUCCUAAAAUCCAAAGGCACCAAGGAAUUAGAAAGGAACUGCGUGAAUCAAGUAAAAAAUAGCCUCUUAAAAACUAGCAAAAGUCUUCGACAGAAUCUAGGGGAACAAUUGGAUGAAGAUAAAGUCAGAGAGUGCCAACUUCAGGUAUUUCUUCGUUUGGAGCUGUGUCUGCAGUGCCCUUCCGUACACGAAAGCAUCGUUGAGAUGGAGCAGGUGGUGAAGGAGGUGACAGACUUGCUGCGCAUGGUGUGUUUGACUGAGGAUUUGGCAUACCUAGCAAAGUUUCUGGAAGAAAUUUUGGGAUUGUAUAUUGACUCGAUCCCGAAGACCCUUGGAAAUCUUUAUGACAGCCUAGGGUUUAUGAUUCCUCAGAAGCUGGCUGGUGUCCUUCCUCUAGAUUUUUUCAGUGAUGACUCCAUGACACAAGAGAACGUAUCACCCCUUCUUUCUGUGCCUCUUCUGUCAAGUGCUCAUAGAUCAGUGUCGGGUGGCACUGAAUCUGACCAGCUGGAGGAGCUUCGAACCCGAUCAGCUAAGAAGAGAAGGAAAAAUGCAUUAAUAAGACAUAAAAGCAUUGCAGAGGUUUCGCAGAAUCUUCGACAAAUUGAGAUCCCCAAAGUGUCCAAGAGAGCUACAAAAAAUGAGAGCUCUCGUCCUCCUCUUCAGCAGCCUCUACUUCCGGUGAAAGAUCCAGUACAAGAAGUGACCAAAGUUCGAAGAAAUCUCUUCAACAAGGAAAUGAUUUCUCCUUCAAAGAGAUCAGCAAAGCGGGGGUUGCCUAGAAGCCACUCUGUGUCCGCAGUGGAAGGUCUGGAGUAUAAACUUGACAACUUCAAGAGGACCAAAGGUUAUCACAGACUGCUGACUAGGAGUGUGGCUGAGACUCCAGUACAUAAGCAAGUGUCCAGAAGGCUUCUUCAUAGACAAAUCAAGGGCAGGUCCUCUGAUCCUGGUCCUGAUAUUGACAUUGUGGAAGAGUCCCCAGAAAAAGGAGCAGACGAAGUAAGCUUGAGACGAAGUCCUCGAAUCAAGCAGUUGUCACUCAGCAGGACGAAUUCUGGUUCCUUCUAUUCUGGGUCUCAGCUAAAGUCUCGAAAUGUGCAAAGAGUUCACUCAUUCCAGCAAGACAAGUCAGACCAAAGAGAAAAUUCUCCAAACCCAAGUAUUCGUUCUCCCAAGAGGCUGUUUUUUGGGGCAUUGUCUGAGAUGGUCAGUCCCUCAGAGAAGGGUUCAGCUCGAAUUCAGAGGCCUUCAAGAAACCCACUGGGCUCUGAGAUACCCAUAGCUUACCAGACUCCUAAGAAGAGUAACCGGAAGUCUCCAAGCUCUUCUAAAGCUACCCCAAGAAGGUUCCCUCGUACGCCACAAACUUCACUGUGCACCCCGGAAAGGCGGCGGAAACCCCCUACAGAAGUGACUCCUGCCAAACAGGUCAUUUUUAAGGAGUCCUUAAAAGACUCCUCACAUAGCUCGGAUUCACCAUCUCAGCCCAAAGUCACUCCUUGGAAAGGACACUCCCUGGCAAAAGGAGGAACCUCUCCUCUUGAAACGAAGAUACCAAGAACUCCCAAAAGGCCAGGGGGUCAGCCACCUGGAUUUCUGAAUUCUACUUGGCCACCCUCAGUGACUUCCAGUCCCAAAAGCACCUCCUGCCCAGCAGGCCUGACCGGGAGUGAGGGUCUGACGCCCGUCAGGUCCGCACUGAGAACCCCUCCAAGAGCAGCAGCCUCAGGGGGGCGAAGAGAAACCCCUCCGGAUCCAGCGCACCCCCAACCCCAUGUCCCCGGGGCUUCUCAGGCGGAGGAGCUCACACAGAAAUGGAGGGAUAAAGCUGCCUCAGUCCCCAAGACACCGCGGAGCACCAAUCUGACUUCUCCCCACGAUCUUUCUCCAAAAAAACCUUUGGCCUCUCCCUUAGGUGAAAUUGCCAAGAGUCCAUUUUGGGAAUUUUCGAUAGAAUCUCCUCCCCGCGAAGAACUGGAUUGGGCAGAGCCCCAGAAAGCACCCCCUGUAGCCUUGCCUCUCUCCUGGCCUGGUCCCUCCACUCCCCCCCGAAUCUCACAGAUCGCCCAGUCUGAGCCCGUGCCCCCUCGGGCCCCUGCAAAAAUUGGAAAAAGGCACAGAGAGACCUCGGACCUGGAGGAGGGCCGGCCGAGCACCUCUGCUGCUCCCAGGGUUGCCGCAGCUGGCAGCCCCGCCGCCCUCACAGACGCUGCAGAGGACCAGCCUUCCCCGGGAAGACACAGCCCCCCUGGGACCGGCUGCGGGAGUGACUGGUGUGGGUUCUCUCCUGUGCUGAGGGCAAGUGCCCCGGGCCACGUCGCUCUGCUGGAUGAAGCGGAGCACCACGGCAGCGACGGCUCGCCAGGCCACGUCACGGCAGCGGAAGGACGUGAGGCGUCAAGGCCGGUGAUGGCGCGGGAGAAGCCUCCUCCGCCGGACCCCGGGAGCCCGCCGUCCCCUCCUUCCCACGGGUCCCGCUCUCCCCGGGCCUCGUCCUACGUCCUGCGCCGCACCGCCGACAGAAGGCAGCGCCAGGCGGCCAUGCCGCUGGAGAAGCUGCAGGCUUCGACUCGGCUUUCGAAAGCCUCGGCCAGCCCCCAGACCUACGAGGUGGAGCUGGAGAUGCAAGCUUCGGGCCUGCCCAAGCUUCGCAUUAAAAAGAUAGACUCCAGCUGCCCGGCGGAAGCCGAGCCCCCGAGAAGGGAGGAGAGCUCCCUCCCCGGACUCAGCAUGCCUGGGGCCAGCAAGUUCUCAGGGAAACCUGAAGCCACCUACGUGUCCCCCCCCUGCCUUCGUCCCUCGCACAGCACCCCCGGUAAGAGCGGGGGACAGACCUACAUCUGCCAGUCCUGUACCCCCACCCGCUGCCCCUCUAGCACCCCCUCUCCGUUUCAAACAGACGGUGUCCCCUGGACCCCGUCUCCCAAGCACAGCGGGAAGACCACCCCUGACACCAUUCAGGACUGGCCGCGGAGGAAGAGGGCGGGGGGCGGCAGCUCUGCCGGGAGGGGCGACGUGGGCACAGACCUCCCCGCAGGCGUGUUCCUGCUCGAGCCGGAGCGAAGGGAGCGAGGAGGUGGCCUUGAACUUGGCAGCAGCAGGACUCCCCUCCUGGGGGAUUUUGAGCUUGAGGGGGUGUGCCAGCUGCCAGACCAGUCGCCUCCCAGGGACAGUGCGCCUCAGGCUGAGGAAGCCUUCUCCUGGGGCCAGUUCGGGUGGGGUUCCAGGAAGAGGCUCCUUCCCGCCAAGGAGGAAGCGCAGUGUCCAGCCAAGAGAGUGUGUGAGGAGCAGAGAGGAGACGCAGAGCUGAGCAGGAGUGAGGAGUGGUCUCCACGUGCCAGUGGGUGGCACGUCCCCUCCCCGGGGGCCGACGACGUGUUGGUGCCAGGUUCCACGCCCCCGCCCGGCCACGCGCCGCGGAGCGGCCUCUCGGCUAGCGGCCUGCAGGCGCUCACCCACUCCCCGCUGCUGUUCCAGGGGAAGACGCCUUCCUCGCGGUGUCACGAGGCCAGAGAUGAGGAGAUGGAGGUCGUCCCCCCCACGGCCGAAGAAUCUCCUUUCAGCCGAGCAUUCUCCAGGAGACGCCCCAUCAGCAGGACUUACACACGGAAGAAACUCCUUAGCUAG